CUUUGCCCACAAUCUGAUCGUCGAGGAAACGUCUGGCCCACAUCUGUGGUGGGUUUUUUUUAAGGAAGAGGCACAAGUUUAGCACGAAAUGGACUGUGAAAUCGUAUGGCUGGUCUGAGAUAAUCCAGCAUCAUCAUAUCUGUUCAUUUGGUUUGCAGAGUGCUGAAGAGGAAGGUGUCUGUCCUCUGAUAUAGCGAUGGACCAGUGAGCUUUGAACUUGGCUGGCAACUCAUAGUAAUCCUCAAGCCUUAGACUGGACUCUACUACUUCACUUUCAUCUUCUCAUCAGCAACCAUGUACAGCAGUGGCUACUCCCAGGUGUCCAAACACAAUCCGCAGGCCCAAAAGAGGAUGCAGUACCGCUCAAAGGGCAAGAGCUGUGGCUACUACAUGCGCAUUGUCUUCUUCUUCUCUUCACUUAUUCAGUCUCUUAUCAUAGUUAGCCUCGUGCUCUUCCUGGUCUACGGUAAGAAUCAGGACUCGGCAUCCACAGCGCGCAUCCAGGACUUGGAGGAGAGCUUCAGCCGACUCUCCAUAGAGAAUGUCGGCCUCAGGCAGCAGAGGAAGAACCUGACCACCUUACUCAAUGCCACCCUGACUGAAAAGGCCCGUAACGACUAUGACUUGGUCAAAAUCCGCCACCUCAUCAACGUCUCAGUCACCAUGAUCCAAGACUUAGAGAAGAGACACCAACAGUGCAAUGGAGAGAUGAUGAUGUUCAGGGUCUCAGGUCAAGGCUGCAAACUACCAAUGCCAGUUCCCGAUACCUGCAACUGUGGUAUGCUGUUUGAACGGAUGAAAGCCAAGCUUGAUCUUGUUGAGUCCAACUUCACCCAAACAAUCAAGACGAUGAGGGUAGAAGUGGAGCAAACUGCCAGAGAGAGAGACUACAUUAACCUGGAGGCCAUCCGUCUGAGGAGGGACAAAUCCACACAAGAAAAGGAGCUGCAGUUCUAUAAACAAAGAUGUAAAGAGGACUUUUCCCAGUCCUUGAGCGGUGUCUCCAAUGUCUCCAAGGCUUUCCUACUGAAGAUUGAAUCCCUCUUCCCUGCACACAUUGCCUUCCAGCUCACCUGUCCGAAACAGAGGGAACACCUGGAGCAGAUCCGAGCCAAUUGCACCAACCUGUCCAGAGAAGUGGAGGACAGGCUCCAGCGUUACCUGAACACUGUGGGAGAGCAGGUAUCAGAAAUCCAAGCUGAGAACAGUCGCUUCAAGGCAGAGAACUGGCGACUGUCUGAGGACUACCGCUGGUGCACGCAGAACCGCUCAGGCCUGAUUCAGGAGCACAAACAGAACUUUGAAAAGCUUCAGCGGAAACAUGAUCAGGACAAGGAGAAACUCCUGAUGGAGAAGAUGAGGCUAAUUGGAGAGAAAGAAGUCCUGGAACAAAGUGUCAGAUACAAAAGUAAAGAGGUUGAUCACCUCACAGUGCAAGUCAAGCAUCUCAACAUGUCCUGUGUGCGUAAGCCACAGUUUGGUGGGUCGACCACUCAGCUAGGCACAUCGAGUCAGUCUGGGUGGAACUGGUCUAAUGGUGGAGGAUCCAGUUCUGCCGCAUCCAGCUCUACUGGUAGGGUAGGUGGGUUGGGUUCUAGCUUUGGCUCAUCUGGAACACAAUUCAAUAAGCUAGGAUCAACCGGGACUGGCUCUUCAAGCUCAUCUUUCGGGUCAAUUCCAAGCCUCGGCUCCAGUGGUACAGGAUUCAAUAAGCUAGGAUCAACCGGGACGGGCUCUUCAAGCUCAUCUUUCGGGUCAAGUUCAAGCCUCGGCUCCAGCAGUACAGGAUUCAAUAAGCUAGGAUCAACCGGGACGGGCUCUUCAAGCUCAUCUUUCGGGUCAAGUUCAAGCCUCGGCUCCAGCAGUACAGGAUUCAAUAAGCUAGGAUCAACUGGGACGGGCUCUUCAAGCUCAUCCUUCUCGUCACUUGGGUCAAAUCCAAGUCUUAGCUCAAGUGGGAUAGGUUCAAAUAAGCCAGCCCUGGGUGCGAGAGGCUCAUCAACCAUUGGGUCAUCCUCUGGCUCUUUUGGGUCAAGUUCGAGCCUUGGCUCAAGUGGGAUAGGCGCAAACAAGCCUACAUCAAAUGCAAAAAGUUCCCAAGGGUUUGGGUCUUGGUUUGGGAUUGGGAAUGGUAACUCAGGACAAAGUAAGCCAGGAAGUGGAACAGGGAAAGUACUAUCAAGUGGGAGUAGUUAUGGUGGAACUGGAUCAUCACUUGGAAGGACAAAUGGAGUGGGAGGUGGCUCAGUCAACGUCGCUCAGCACCUUCAAGAAUUGCAACGCAUCAUCAACCCCUCUGGCCCACAGGACAAACAAGAUCUCUCCAGGAUGUUGGGUUAGUCCAUCUGAGCCAAAGGAAAAAUCUAAAGAGAUUUGUCCAUUUCAUCUAAUACACACAGCCAAAUGCAAGCUGUCAUAUUGAGUUUAUAUAUUGUAUAACAAUAAAUGUACUAUACAAAAUUUAUAUACAUUAUGUGUACUAUACAUUGUUUAAGAUUGUUUAUACUUCAAUAUGCAUUUAUGAAAUAAUUUGAAUAACUUUUGCACUUUUGAAUGUAAAAUGUGAAGUCAGUGUUAAUGAUUUGUAUCUACAGUAAGCCACUUAUCAUGGAUAAGCACAUGUAGUACUUUUACAAUGUAAAUACAUAAAAUAAAAUGUUUGUUUAAACGUAAA